AUGUCUCGUCUAGUGACCGGCGUGCGGUCCUUCUCUACCGCGGCUUCGUCUCUGCUGAUUGACGCCGCUUCUUCCGCUGUGCGAUCUGCUCGUCAACCCUCGUCCUUCCCAGUCUUCCGCGAUGUCCCUCAAGUGCGCCAAUUGCGCCGGCAAUUGCUAAAAAAUGACCGUAGUGUAGGAUUUGUGCCCACGAUGGGUGCUCUUCAUGAAGGUCACCUUUCGUUGAUUCGAGAAGCUGCCCGCGAGAACACCGACAUUUUCGUCAGCAUCUUUGUGAACCCCACUCAGUUCGGGGUGAACGAGGAUCUUUCGAGCUACCCACGUACCUGGGAUGCUGAUAUGGAAAAGCUGGAGAAGUUGAACGAAGAGCUGGCUAACGCGGCCGCGGCAGCUAGCUCCGAGACAACCACAGGACGCAUUUCGGCCAUCUUCGCCCCCACAGCGAAGGUCAUGUACCCUACUCUGCCUCCCUCGUCUGAAGUCGAUGGCAAUGGCUCCUUCGUUACCAUAACCCCUCUUUCCAAGAAAUUGGAAGGAGGCUCUCGUCCCGUUUUCUUCCGUGGCGUUGCAACCGUCUGCAUGAAGCUUUUCAAUAUCACGACCCCCGAUCGUGUUUACUUUGGCCAAAAAGAUGUCCAACAGACAAUCAUUAUCAAGAGGAUGGUUCAGGAUCUCCACGUUGGCACCGAGGUGCGGAUUGUGAGUACGUCUCGCGAAGCCGACGGGCUAGCACUGAGCUCGCGCAAUGUCUACCUUGGCGACCGGAGACGCGCCGUCGGCCUUACACUUUAUAAGGCUUUGAAAGCUGCCGAAGAAGUGUACCGGUCCGGAAAGACUUCCCGUGCAGACAUUUUGGGAGCUGCUCGAAGUGUCACAGACCGGGUGCUCGCCGAGCAACAAGCCCUCUCCCCCUCAGAGAGGGCGUUGUUCGAGGCGGACUACAUCUCUCUUGCCGACCCGGAUACUUUGGACGAGCUGGAUCUCGUCGAUCGUUCUAGGGGAGCUGUCCUGAGCGCGGCUCUGAAGAUGGCGCCCCUGGAAGAGACAAGAGAUGGCGAGCGGUGCGGACUGGGUGGUGGCAAGGUUCCCGUCCGAUUGAUCGACAACCUGAUCCUUCAGCCUCAGCAGUAG